GAAGGUUCGUCGGUCUCCAGCUCCUAUUUUUUCUUAAAUAAAGCACGCAUAUUUUUUUCUGUAUAUAUAUAUAUAUAUAUAUAUAUUUGUAUACACACACAAUUCCAGAGUCCAGUCAAAGCAUCUGAUCUCCUUACGAGUUUUCUCGGGUGUACUCUGCAAUCUUUCUUAGUUAUUCCAGAAGUUUCAGCAGCUUUUAUUUAUUCGAUUAUUGUCGGUUCAAUUCAAUUUCUUUUCCUGUUCAUAACCUGUUUGCUGGUUUGUGCAAAGUCUGAAUCUUGCUAUCUGUUUCUGGGUAUUUUCUCAAUUGCCCAAUUGGGUCGAGUUCUUCAUAACCCAGAUUCCAUUUUCAUUUCACUUUCGUUCUCCAUAAAAUCAGUUCCAAAAUCUCGCAUCCCAGUUGGGUUUCUUGAAAAUUUGAAAAGUCUGACUUGGGAUUGUUGAAAAGUUGAAACUUUAUGGAUACCCUUCUUGAAAGAUACGAUGUUUCCGUGGAAAGAUUAAAUUUUGGGUCAGUCUAUCCUCAUCAAAAUCUUGUAAAUGGGUUCAAAGUGAAUCAUGAAUCCACCAAUUCAAUUUUCCCUCCAACAAACUUGGAUCAUAAUUCUAGUGAUUCAAGCACUUAUUCGAGCACUGGUUCAGAUGGAGAUUCUAUUGACCCUAAUGAUUUCAAUCACCCGAUGCUCAAGUACAUAAGCGAUAUUCUUCUGGAAGAAGAUUUGGAGGGUAAGCCCUGCAUGAUGCAGGGCUGUUUGGCCCUCCAAGCUGCUGAGAAGUCUUUCUUUGAUGUCCUUAAUCCGAAGGGUCCCCCUUCGCCAAACCAACCCCCUUUGUCCCAUAGCCUUGAGAAUUCGGAUGAUGAUUCCACCCCGAGUUUUCAUAGCGGUAAUGGCUCCUCUAUUGCUGCUAAGACAGACUGGGGUUUUGAUUCUUCAGAAACCUCCCAUUUCCAAUCUUCUCUUGUUGAGUCUCAAUCGGAUAACCUGUUGGUUUCGGAUUUGCUUUCUGAGCUGCAAAGUUCUGGGCAUUUCGGAGGCGUAGGGGAAGCAAGCAAGUUCCUCCCAAAUGGAAGUUUUGGAACUUUUGACCAGGAGAGGAACCACUUGAUGCAUCCAGGUCCUGAUCUGCGCCCUCCGGGGACUCGCACACUGGUGAGGAGGCCGGAGAAUUAUGGGUACAACUCAACAAAUAUAUUGAAGGGAAAAAAGAAUCAUCAAAGGGAGGAUGUUGAUUAUCCAGAAGAAGGGAGGAGCAGCAAACUGCCAGUUGCUUUUGCUGAUGACUCUGAGCCGCCGCAAGAAAUGUUUGAUGAAGUGUUGCUCUGUCAUGGCCAUCAUCGUCUGGGUAACAAGCAGGCGAAAGGGGCUAAAACAACGCGUUCAAAGAAACAGAAUAACAACACGGAAAUGGUUGAUUUGAGAACAUUGCUAACUCAAUGUGCACAAGCUGUGGCAAACUAUGACCAACGAACUGCAAGUGAACUACUCCAGAAGAUACGGCACCACUCUUCCCCCUGUGGUGAUGCAAACCAGAGAUUAGCUCAUUACUUUGCUGAUGGCCUAGAGGCACGCUUGGCUGGCGCCACAACCCCAACAUACUCUUUUCUUGUUGGUACACAAACAUCAACUGCUGACAUAUUAAAAGCUUAUCAGGUGUUUAUUUCUUCGUCCCCUUUCAAACUCAUGUCAAAUUUCAUGGCCAACAGAACGAUUAUGAAACUCUCAGAAAACGCAACAAGGCUUCACGUUAUUGAUUUUGGUAUUUCGUAUGGUUUCCAAUGGCCCUGCUUUAUCCAACAUCUCUCGGAGAGAACUGGUGGACCUCCUAAGCUUCGUAUCACAGCAAUUGAGCUUCCCCAACCAGGUUUUCGACCUACCGAAAGAGUUGAAGAGACUGCGCGUCGGUUGAAAAAAUAUGCUGAGAGAUUUAAUGUUCCAUUUGAGUGCAAUGUCAUUGCUCAGAAAUGGGAGACAAUCAAAUUUGAGGAUCUUAGAAUUGACAGAAGUGAGCUGACUGUGGUCAAUUGUAUGUGCCGUUUAAAGCAUAUACCUGAUGAGACGGUGAUGGCGAGCAGUCCAAGAGAUAUUGUGCUAAAGUUGAUCAAGAAAAUUAAUCCAGACGUUUUCAUUCAUGGGGUUGUCAAUGGGACAUACAAUGCACCCUUCUUUGCCACACGGUUCAGAGAGGCACUUUACCACUACUCUGCAUUCUUUGAUAUCUUAGAGGCCACUGUUCCCCGCGAAGAUGAAAUGCGUCGGUUGUUUGAAAAAGCAAUUUACGGUAGAGACAUAGUGAAUGUCGUAGCUUGUGAGGGACUGGAAAGAGUUGAAAGGCCUGAGACAUACAAGCAGUGGCAGGUUCGGAACGUGAGGGCUGGGUUCAAGCAGCUCCCACUAGACCAAGCUCUUUUGAAGCGAGUGAAGAGAAUGUUGAAGUCUUAUCAUGAUGAUUUUAGGAUUGAUGAAGAUGGGAACUGGAUGUUGCAGUCAUGGAGAGGAAGAACUAUCUUGGCUCUGUCAGUCUGGGUGCCGGCCUAGGCAACUAGUACAAUCUUUAUUCUCUUUGUUGUUGAUUUUUUUGUGUAAUAUUCCAUCCAGGGACAAAGGUGUGCAUGCUGCUUUGUUCUUGGUUUUAUGAGUUUAUUGUUUAUUUUUCAUUUAUUCAUUGCUGCCUAUGGGAGCUUGAUCUUGGAUAUGUAAUAUUUUGAACCAGUUCUUGAUAAAUGCACUCUUUUGCCAACA